UGACGUUAUUAUGACUCUGUCACGUCGCGCUGCGACUGAGGCGUGGCGUCUGCUGGGGCACCUGAAGGAGACUUUGGGACACCCGCGUCGUGCCUCUUGGGCUGUGAGGAGUCGCCGCUGCCGCCAGUGCCUGUGCUUCAUGAGGAAGAUGCUCGCCGCCGUCUCCCGCGUGUUGUCUGGCGCUUCUCAGAAGCCGGCAAGCAGAGUGCUGGUAGCAUCCCGUAAUUUUGCAAAUGAUGCCACAUUUGAAAUUAAGAAAUGUGACCUUCACCGACUGGAAGAAGGCCCUCCUGUCACAACAGUGCUCACCAGGGAGGAUGGGCUCAAAUACUACAGGAUGAUGCAGACUGUGCGCCGAAUGGAGUUGAAAGCAGAUCAGCUGUAUAAACAGAAAAUUAUUCGUGGUUUCUGUCACUUGUGUGAUGGUCAGGAAGCUUGCUGUGUGGGCCUGGAAGCCGGCAUCAACCCCACAGACCAUCUCAUAACAGCCUACCGGGCUCACGGCUUUACCUUCACCCGGGGCCUUUCUGUCCGAGAAAUUCUCGCAGAGCUUACAGGACGAAAAGGAGGUUGUGCUAAAGGGAAAGGAGGAUCGAUGCACAUGUAUGCCAAGAACUUCUACGGGGGCAAUGGCAUCGUGGGAGCGCAGGUGCCCCUGGGCGCUGGGAUUGCUCUAGCCUGUAAGUAUAAUGGAAAAGAUGAGGUCUGCCUGACUUUAUAUGGCGAUGGUGCUGCUAACCAGGGCCAGAUAUUCGAAGCUUACAACAUGGCAGCUUUGUGGAAAUUACCUUGUAUUUUCAUCUGUGAGAAUAAUCGCUAUGGAAUGGGAACAUCUGUUGAGAGAGCAGCAGCCAGCACUGAUUACUACAAGAGAGGCGAUUUCAUUCCUGGGCUGAGAGUGGAUGGAAUGGAUAUCCUGUGCGUCCGAGAGGCGACAAAGUUUGCUGCUGCCUAUUGUAGAUCUGGGAAGGGGCCCAUCCUGAUGGAGCUGCAGACUUAUCGUUACCACGGACACAGUAUGAGUGAUCCUGGAGUCAGUUACCGUACACGAGAAGAAAUUCAGGAAGUAAGAAGUAAGAGUGACCCUAUUAUGCUUCUCAAGGACAGGAUGGUGAACAGCAAUCUUGCCAGUGUGGAAGAACUAAAGGAAAUUGAUGUGGAAGUGAGGAAGGAGAUUGAGGAUGCUGCCCAGUUUGCCACGGCCGAUCCUGAGCCACCUUUGGAGGAGCUGGGCUACCACAUCUACUCCAGUGACCCACCUUUCGAAGUUCGUGGUGCCAAUCAGUGGAUCAAGUUUAAGUCAGUCAGUUAAGGGGACUAGAAGGGGAGGUUAUACCUUCAGGGGGCUACCAGUGUUCUCAACUUGGUUAAGGAGGAAGAAAACCCAGUCAAUGAAAUUCUUGUAAACUUCCAUUAAGACUGUGUAGACUGAGCAGGUAGUAAUUGCAUGCACUUUGUACAUUGUUGCAUUAAAAGAUGAAUUAUUGAGUGCUUAAAGAUUA